UGUUUACAGGUGCUGAUAGAUCAGUUGUGACAAGAAUAAUGCCCACAAUUACAUUUGUUGGUAACACCUUUUUCUAUAUCAUAACAAUUUUCGAUGAUAUAACGAGGAGAAAGGAAAUAUUGGAUAUUUCUACGCGUGUUCAAGCAACAGUAGUGGGAAAAAUAAUCACCAGAUUUCGGUUUAUUAAUAAUGCCUUUGUCUAUAUCAUAGUAAUUUUUGCUGGUAUUUCGAGAAGAAAGUGGAUUAAAUUGUUCGUAAAACAAUUGGAAAUUUGUACACGAGAAAUUGAUAAACUGAAUGUACCGAAGAAUUAUUCCUCUCUUUUUCUUUAUCAAUGUAUCAUAGGAGUAUAUAUAAAAAUCAACUUUGGUCAAUUGAAUAGUGUACUUCAAAGUAUGCUGAGAACAACUAUCGAUUCUCCACAACAUAAGAGAGUGCUCCGAAUGAAAGAUAAUUGGGAAGAUGAUUCUUCGUUAUCUACUGUUUAUCAAAUAUACAAAGCGAAUGAGAACAUCGUGAAAUUAAAGAGAAUCAAGAGAAUCCAUUUUGAAUUAUUGAAAUGUGCCAGAAUUAUAAACGAAGCUUAUGAAAUACGAAUUCUUACAUCAAUAUCUUCAUGCGUCAUAUUUACUAUUACAUUUUUAUACAGUCUAUACGCUAUUUCAAUUACAAACAAUUAUGACAAUUGGAUGAAUGAGUUCUGUUCGCAUUUCUAUUGGAUUUUAUAUUUUGUCAUCAAGAUUUUUGCAAUAAACAACAUAUGUGAGAUAACAAUGGCAGAAAACACUGGAGAUAUUCUUUACGAAUUGUAUGAACCUUCGACCAGCAAGAAAUUUCGUGAUGAGAUUCGUGAUUUUAUGUUUCAACUAAUUCAAAAUCGUUUGACGUUUACCGCCUGCAGAUUCUAUGAUCUAGAUCGUACAUUUAUAUAUAGUGCGAUAGGUUCGAUUACUACCUAUCUCGUUAUUCUUAUUCAAGUUGGAGAUAAACCUAAAGUAUUUUUAAACAAUACGAAUUAUAAUUUAACGUUAGGAAUAUAA